AACAUGGUUACCUCUUACCCUUUGCCGGAAGGAUUCACAGAGACUGAGGUGUUUGCUAUUGGUACCACUCUUCUAGUUGAAGCUCUGCUUGGUCUCCUUUUAAAUGGCUUGACACUCCUUUCUUUCUACAAAAUCAGAGAGCUUAGAACCCCUAGCAACCUGUUCAUAAUAAGCCUUGCAGUGGCAGACACUGGACUGUGCCUGAAUGCAUUUGUGGCAGCCUUCUCCAGUUUCUUGAGGUAUUGGCCAUAUGGCUCUGAAGGAUGCCAGAUUCAUGGAUUUCAAGGAUUUGUAGCAGCUCUUUCUAGUAUAGGCUCUUGUGCUGCAAUAGCUUGGGAUCGUUACCACCAAUACUGCACACGUAGCAAGCUUCACUGGAGUACAGCAGUCUCAGUGGUUUUUUUUAUCUGGGGAUUUUCCGCAUUCUGGUCUGCAAUGCCUCUGUUUGGCUGGGGUGAAUAUGACUAUGAACCUUUAAGAACCUGCUGCACUUUGGACUACAGUAAAGGAGACAGAAAUUAUAUCUCAUAUCUAUUCACAAUGGCUUUCUUUGAGUUCCUUGUGCCCCUCUUCAUCUUAAUGACCGCAUAUCAGUCAAUAUAUCAGAAAAUGAAGAAAAGUGGUCAGAUCAGGUUUAACACUAGCAUGCCUGUAAAAUCACUUGUUUUCUGUUGGGGGCCAUAUUGUCUGCUGUGCUUCUAUGCUGUCAUCCAGGAUGCAACAAUUCUGUCUCCAAAACUGCGCAUGAUACCUGCUCUCUUGGCCAAGACUUCACCUGCAGUGAAUGCCUAUGUAUAUGGACUCGGCAAUGAGAAUUACCGUGGAGGCAUUUGGCAGUACCUUACAGGACAGAAACUUGAAAAAGCAGAAACUGAUAACAAGACCAAAUAAAGUUAUUUAAUUUAGGAACAAAAGCUAUUAUUUUUCCCAUCUUUUUCACCCUAGUGCAGAAAAUAGAAAAGAAGUUUCAUAUUAUUUUGAUAUAUUUUGUUGCACAUAAACAAGGUCAAUGCACUGCAGCCCAAACAGCUUGAAGUCAGUCUUAUGUAAUUGUUAUCAUGCCCUUGUUAUAUUAAUGUAUGCACAGCUUCUUUAUUGGUUUUUAACUCUCUCCAAAUGUAUCUGAUUAUUUUAUUGCUGAACGUUGACUUGAGAAGAAGGCUGGUAUCCUUGUACCAUUAUCUUGAAAAUAAAUAAAACUUGUAUGGCUGAAACCACA